GAAGUGUUGGCAGCACUGGUCAAAAUUGUCCACAACAAAACAAAGAAGAAGAAGUGUUUUGCUCUGAAAGCAUCAAAAUCCAAAACAAAAACAUUGGCAUCGUUCAAGAAAAAUCUCGCCAACAUUUUAGGGAAUAAAUUGGGACCCAUGAAACCCACAAUUGUGGCUGAUGAGAUGUUCCCCGAGGGAGCGGGUCCCUUCAUGGAUCUCGAAGAGUCCGGGGGCUCUUCUGGCCUGCUAAUGGACCUGGCGGCCAAUGAGAAAGACGUCCAUGCAGAUUUCUACAACGCCUUUGAGGAUCUCUUCGACGAGAGCGAUAUGCAAAUCCAGUAGCGCUGUCAGUGAUUCUCCGGACAACCAUGAAUAAAAA